AUGUCUAUCCUGGCGGCCCGGAGCGCUCCCGAGGACACCGUGACCAGCAGCUUCGCCUCGUUCAUCUCGGCGGCGCGGCCCGAGCACCUGUCCCAGACCGUGCGGCAGCGGAGCAAGAGGAUGAUCCUGGACAGCCUCGGCGUGGGGCUGGUGGGCAGCACCACGCGCGUCUUCGACAUCGCCCUGCGCUACUGCCGGGAGCUGUACCCCUCCGUGGCUGUGAGCUCUGUCUAUGGGAAGCCCGGGGUGAAGCUCUCCCCGACGCUGGCUGCCUUCACCAACGGCGUGGCGACUCAUUCCAUGGAUUUUGACGACACCUGGCACCCUGCCACUCACCCCUCGGGGGCCGUCCUGCCGGCUCUCCUGGCAGCUUCCCAGAUGCUCCCUCCGAACACCAAACCCAACGGCCUGGAUUUCCUGCUGGCUUUCAACGUGGGCCUGGAAGUGCAAGGGAGGCUCAUGCACUUCUCCACUGAGGCUCACGACAUUCCCAAAAGGUUCCACCCUCCCUCAGUGGUGGGCACCCUGGGCAGCGCCGCGGCCGCGGCCAAGCUGCUGUCCCUCAGCUCGGCGCAGUGCUGCCACGCCCUGGGCAUCGCCGCGUCCCUCGCCGGGGCGCCCAUGGCCAACGCCGCCACCCAGGCCAAGCCUCUGCACGUGGGCAAUGCCACCCGCCUGGGCUUGGAGGCCGCUCUGCUGGCGGCCCGAGGGAUGGAGGCCAACCCCUUGAUCCUGGAUGACAUCCCCGGCUGCUCGGGGUUCAGCGCCUUCUACAGCGUCUACCAGCCCAAGCCGCUGCCCGCGCCCGGCCAGCACCACGAGUUCCUCCUGGAGAAGCAGGACAUCGCCUUCAAGCGAUUCCCAGCCCACCUGGGCAUGCACUGGGUGGUGGAUGCUGCCUUGUCCGUCCGGAACCUCUUCAUCAACUACGCGGGGUCCUUCUCCCCGUCGCUGAUCCGCAGGAUCGUGCUGAAGAUCCCGGUGUCCAAGUACAUCAACCGGCCUUUCCCCAGCUCGGAGCACCAGGCCAGGCACUCCUUCCAGUUCAACGCCUGUGCCGCCCUGCUGGAUGGCGAGGUGGGCCUGGGCUCCUUCUCCGAGAGCAGCAUCCAGCGGCAGGAGCUCAGGGAGCUGCUGGACAAGGUGGUGGUGGAGCACCCUGAAGACAACGUGGCCAACUUUGACAAGAUGUACGGAGAGGUGGCCCUGCUCCUGCACACUGGGGACGUCCUGACGGGCAAGUGUGACACUUUCUACGGGCACUGGAGGAAGCCCCUGAGCAAAGAGUCGCUCCUGAAGAAGUUUCGAUCCAACGCCUCCCACGUGCUCCCAGAAGAAAAAAUAGAAGCCAUCAUCGCUCUGGUGGACAACCUGGAGGACCUGUCAGACAGCUCCCAGCUGGCCUGCAGCCUGUGA